GCCUGCGCCGCGCCGCGCGGUCUGCAUGAGGGCCGCGGCCUCGCUCGCGGCCGCCGCCGCGGCCCUGCUCCGGCUGCGGGCGGCCCCCGCCGCCGCCAGGGCCGACACCGAGCGGCUGCUGCGCGCCGCAGCCGUCGAGGCCGAGGCCACCUCCCGGGCCAAGUGUGCUGCGCGCCUGCUGAGCUGCGUGUUCCUCGUGUACCUUCUGACCUACCUGGCCGCCUUCAAGGAGGAGGCCGGCUGCAGCGGGAGGUGCAUGCAGGCCAAGGUGCCCCGGCCCGUGCCUGCCCGCUCCGCGGCCGUCACGGAGGAGUUGCUGCGCGCCGCGGUGCAGGAGGUCGAGGCGGAGGCGGCGCGCGUGCGCGGCGCGCUGCGCAGGGCGGGCGGCCGCCUGGGAGUGGACGGGCGGGCGCUGGCGAGGGUGUGGUCCAAGGCCUUCACCUUCACGGCGAGGCACACGCUGUCGGUCCCCCCCUUCUGCCUCCUCGUCCCCGUCCUCCUUCUGAAGGCCCGCCUCUGCCCGGCGUGCAGGAUGUCGCCGUUCUUCGCCGACCUGUCGCCCUGGCAGGGCCUGGGCACUCAUCUCUUCUCGUUGACCGCCCGUCUCUCUUCGGUGAGUGCCCUCGUCCCACCAUUCGCUAUUCGCUGUUGGCUUCGGGGUCGAAGCCAGCGCAAC